CACACUGCGGUAUCUUGAGCUGUGUGUAUGUGAGGCAAAGAGGAAGAUUUCAGAAUUCGUCUAGAAAAUUGGAGCUGCGCUGUUGUUAAACAGAUAUAAUGGCCUAGCAGUCCAGCUACCUGACAGUCUUUCCUCACAUAUUCUGAGUGUGUGCUUUGGGUUAUGAGCAGUGGUAAGACUCCUCGAUACAACCGAUACUCCGGAGGAGCAGCGAUAGCUAGCACAGCAACCAUCCCCAGCAGCCCCUCCAGCCCCUCAGCAGACUCUGGCAACGGGAGCAGGAUGGAGGCCUCAUUCGCUCCAACUUUCUCAGCUGCUGGAGCUAAAGCAGAAGGCUCCAGCACUUACAAGCAGCACAGACGGACUCCUUCCUCCUCGAGCACUCUGACCUACUCCCCCCGCGAUGACGACGAUGGAAUGCCUCCCAUCGGGACUCCUCGCAGAUUUGUGCUCCUUGCAGAUAAGUGCCCUGUGGAUGCAGCUAAGUUAACGGUUGUGGUGAACAACAUUGCAGUAGCCGAGCAGAUUGGAGAGCUCUUCAUCCACUGUAAAUACGGCUGCAGGGCUGUAGGCAGCAGCGCGGCCGGCGCCACGGCCUCCAACACCUCAGUGGCGGGGAAACCUGGAGCCUACGAGGUGGACCCGCUGGGCUGCCCCUUCACAAUCAAACUAUCUACACGCAAAGAACACGAGGCCAGCUGUGACUACAGGCCCGUGCGAUGCCCAAACAACCCCUCCUGCCCGCCGUUGCUCACCAUGAACCUGGAGGCUCACCUCAAAGAAUGCGAACACAUCAAAUGUCCACACUCCAAAUAUGGCUGCACAUUCAUAGGCAACCAGGACACAUAUGAAACACACCUGGAGGUCUGUAAAUUUGAGGGCCUCAAGGAGUUUCUGCAGCAGACUGACGACAGAUUCCAUGAGAUGCAGCUCACUCUGGCUCAGAAGGACCAAGACAUCGCUUUCCUACGCUCCAUGUUGGGGAAAUUAUCUGAGAAGUUGGAUCAGCUAGAGAAAAACCUGGAGCUCAAAUUUGGUGAGAUGACAGAAAAAAGCCUACAAAUACUUACUUUGUCCCUGCAGGAUGAGCUGUCCCACAUCAACGCCAGGCUCAACAUGGGAAUCCUGGGCUCAUACGACCCCCAGCAGAUCUUCAAGUGUAAGGGGACAUUUGUGGGCCACCAGGGUCCCGUCUGGUGUCUCUGUGUCUACUCCACUGGAGACCUGCUCUUCUCUGGCUCCUCUGAUAAGACGAUUAAGGUGUGGGACACCUGCACCACCUACAAAUGUCAGAAAACCCUGGAGGGUCAUGAUGGCAUCGUGCUGGCUCUGUGUAUCCAAGGUAACAGGCUAUACAGUGGCUCUGCAGAUUGCACCAUCAUUGUGUGGGACAUUCAGACGCUCCAGAAAGUCAAUACUAUCCGUGCCCAUGACAACCCCGUAUGCACACUGGUCUCCUCCCACAACAUGUUGUUCAGCGGCUCCCUCAAGGCCAUCAAGGUUUGGGACAUCGUGGGCACUGAGCUGAAGCUGAAGAAGGAGCUGACGGGACUCAAUCACUGGGUUCGAGCGCUGGUGGCCUCACAGAACCACCUGUACAGCGGCUCAUAUCAGACCAUCAAGGUAAGAAAGAGCAAUGUUUACCUACUUAUCAUUACUCAAUCUUUCUCCCAGCACAGCCUCAGCCUCCUGAUGGGCCAAUGCGCCUCUCUGAAGAUCCACAGACGCCCUGAUUCUAUUGAUACCAGGAGUCCACAGUGCUGCGUUUGUGUGUUGCAGGUGUGGAGCAUGGACAACAUGAUCUGCACCCAGACUCUGCUGAGACACCAGGGUAGUGUAACGGCGCUCGCCGUUUCCAGAGGGCGCCUCUUCUCCGGAGCUGUCGACAGCACCGUCAAGGUGUGGACUUGCUAA